CCUGUGCGUGUGUACAAUACCUGCGACGCGGUAAUAUCCGGCGGUGUGGAAAUUCGCGGAAUCAAGGCUACUUCCAUAUUGUCGAAAGCCAGCGGGGAGCCCGUUCUCGAAGAGUACAGAUUCAUAGCUCAUCGCGACGAAGCCGAGGUUUCUUUGCAGGAAGCCGUGAUGCUGUCGACGCAUCUCGCUCUGGAAUAUCAUCAAGUGAUAAAAGUAAAUAUUAUCGAAUUGAUCGAAGAUGAUGACAAAGUAGAAACAGAUGAAAUAGCAUCCCCAUUGUUUAUCAAUAUCUUGGGUGAUCUACCGUUGCUUCAACCAAACAUUACUUUGGUGACCAGCACCGAUCGCUUCGAUUGCGUUACUCUUCCUUCGAAAAUCACAGUCUCGCAAUCAAAGAAGUUGUCGAAUGACGAUAAUGCGAUGUUAAUCACAGUAUAUAAUAUGUUUACGAACAACAAAAGCAAGACCUUAAAAAAAAUUUUACCGGCGUUACAAAACAAUGGAUUCUUAUUAACACGAGAACAGUCCUUCACGAAAGACGACAUUGCGACUGCCGAAAAGUACGAUUUAGCAGUAGUACUUGAGAAACGCACGCAGAAAGAGCACAUUAUACUGCUAAAAAAGAGAGAACAGUCAACAAAAAAAAUUGAAGUUAUUCUCGUAAACAAUUACGAGUUUUCUUGGUUAGAGCAGCUUAAAUCGAUCUUGAACGCGAAGAACGAGUCAAGAAACGCUGCAAAAAUAAUUUUAGUCAGCGAGAAAAAUUCGGAAUGCGGCUUGUUGGGCCUCGUCAACUGCUUGAGGAGAGAACCAGGCGGCGAAUCGAUCAGAGGAGUGUUUAUUCAAGACGAAACUGCACCGGAGUUUUCUUUGCACGAGCCAUUAUACGCGGACCAACUCCGGAUUGAUCUUAUCAUAAAUGUCUUACGUCCGGGUAAAACAUGGGGUUCAUACAGACAUCUUCCGUUAGCGCCGCUGACACCAAAGCUCGUGUACCACGCAUUUGCCAAUCAAUUGGUAUAA